AAGGGCAAGCCCCAGCCCCUGUCGAAGUUCCGCGGCAGCGCGCACCUCGUCGUCAACAUCAAGAUGGACGACCCCGUCGCGGGCGAAAACUUCAACGCGCUGAGGUACGUCGCCGCGAACUACGCGGAGAAGGGCCUGCGCGUCUGGGCCUUCCCGACGGAGCAGGGCUACUACGAGCCGGACGUGAGCGAGCUCGUGCGGGCCAAGGCCUACAGCCAGUUCGGCUUCGGCACCUACCCGACGGCCGUCGUCUUCGACAAGAUCGACGUCAUCGGCAACACCGCGCACCCGCUCUACCGCUACCUGGCGCUGGCGACGAACCCCAACGGCGUCGGGCGAUUGACCGUGAACUUCGAGAAGUUCCUCCUCGACGGCGACGGCAAGCCCCUGCGGCGCUAC